CCAAGCAACGGGAAAGCGUCGCGUCAUCAGGAAACAGUCGAGAGGAGUCGAUGAAUAAACAUUGGAAUUAAACCAAACGAAAUGAAUUAGGAUAACGAGUUAGAAAAAUAUGGCUUCUUCAGAAGAUUGCAGUCUUUCAAUAGGUUAGUAAAGUUCUCUUGUUUUUCAAGUAAAUGAGCAGCAUGGCCAAAAGUUCUCAACAUUCAUCAAUUUAAUAGCUCUCACUGAAUAGUACUUCCGGCUACAGCAACCUCUUCGAGUUGAUUUCAAGUUUGAAAUAAUCCCAGUAAGAAAACUGAUCGUUGUUUACGAGACGGAGAGAAUGACUUAAACGGCAGCUAACUGGUAAGCAGCUUACUGCUAUAAACAGGUAACACAGCGCUGAUACAGCAGGCGCACCUAACUUUUUUUUCUGUUAAAUUUUAAUUUAACUGUUAAAACAGCUCGAAUGAGCAAAUGUUGGCUAGAAAUUUCUAAAGCUGGAGAAAUCAUAAAAAAUUUUCUUGAUAACCUUUCUCUUUGAUUUUUGGAAUCUUUAUACUAAACCAACGAUUUUCUUAGAUGUGGUUUUCACAUUGUAUUUCCAAGAUAUUGAGAUAAGUGCUCAAAAAGGUCUUCUGAAAAUUUACAGACAAAACGUCGCCCAGAACUGAAAGUACGGCUAAUGAAAGUACGGCUACUCCAUCUUCUAGAACUUCGACCGGACCCAUCAGUGUAACCUGAGUGUAACCAACAGUUUCGAAUGAAGUAAAUAAGACGAAAAAGCCACCUAAAACUUUCGAGACGACCAAAGUUCCUUUACGACAUCCAAACAGAUAAAUAGUUUUUAGGGCAGCUGUCGUUGGGUGCCGGUGAUACAGCUGUAACUCAACUGAAAUCGUACAGGCAAAUAUUCUUGAAGAGAGAAUUGUAUGGAUAAUUACAUAAGCUUAGUAGAAAGGGAGUGCAUGCAAAUAUAUAAUGAAACCUUAAAGCCUGGUCAUGUUAGCAACUGAACGCAAGCAUUGAUGGUCCGUAGUGGACCGGUAAAAAAAUUAUCAAACAUGUUUAUCCAUACAGGAUGAAAAAGAUCCAAAAAUCAAAAAUUGACAUCGAUUUUUAAUGUUUGUUUGAAUUGAAAAUUAAAAGAACGAAUGACCCACCAUUAACGCAAGCACAAGCAUUGUCAGUUUCACCGUGAAAAGAGCGCACUGUAGAUGAAUAAGCACAUACGGGAAGCGCAAGUACUAGAAUGCUGAAAUUAGGAAGUCUUGGGGUAAGAUAUUUUGGCGCAAAACAAGAUGGAGCAAUCAAUUCAAACUUCGCUACUUAUUUUUUCUCUAAAGUUUCAAGAAUUUAAUAGCGUUCCACAACUGAACUGUUGAAACGCAGGUUUUAAAAAGUGAAUUGGCAGACACAUGGACUGUCUGAAUCAUGAGUCAGUGUAUAAAAACAUAGAAAAUCGUAUGAACUGCUCGCGUGCAUUUCGUGAUUUUACAUGGGUACGAGUGAUACAUGUUUUGGAAGUUCUUAAAAUUACAGGGGCCGGAGGCGAGAGCAGUUUCUUGAGAUUGAAAAAUAUCACGAGUGAUGAUACGAAAUGCACGAGCAGUUCAUACGAUGUUUUGUUUAUUAUAUUCUCAACAAUAUUAAGGUCAAUCUAAACGCGACCGUUAUGUUGCGGUACUCAUGCUGCUCUUGAAUCUUAUAGCCUGUGAAUAUUAGCCUGCAUAACAGGAACUUUCUGAGCCAAGCGAGGUGAACGCGGCAUUUCGCGCGAAGCGCGAAACUAGGGGAGGAGAUAACUGAUAAAGCGGCGCUUUAUUUUUUCUCCUCCUCCGCCCGCCUCGCGCUUCUUGUGAAAUGCCGUGUUCACCUCACUUGGCCCAUAAAUUCUUGUUAGGCAGGCUAACGAAUAUAGCCACCUCACUCCUAUCGUCCUCGCUCCUCACCGCUAGUAGUCUCCUUCGGCAGCCGCUCGGGCCGGAGUCUGCGAAGGAGACUACACCGCUAGAGAAGUUUCAUAGGACGAGCGAGGCGAGACGGCUUCACUCGCUGGCAUCUAGCCUACCACAAUCGCUUUUCUUUCCUUUUUUUCUUUUCUUUCAUUCUUUGCUUUUUUUCGACGAUUCGACGGUAACAAGCGAGGAGAGACGGCUGUAUCCGCAGGCUAAUCAAUUGCAAUCUUGUAACAGGUUAAGCCAAGCGUGAAAUGUUCAGCUGCAUUUUGCUACAACCCAGAAACUAAUGUGGUCUACGCUUUCUUUGCUAUUUUAAAUCAGGGUUAAGGGUAAUUUAAAUUUGCUGAUUUCAAUUUUUCAGUGUAAAUUCCAGGUUUCCCUAUACUUUAGACUGCAAGGAAAAUCAAAGAAAGAAUGUGCAAAAAGUUUAUUAAAAAUCCUAGCGACAUGAAUGAGGUGACUCAUAAAAGGUUUCGAAAUAAAUUCAAUAAAAUGAAAAAAGCUGCAAAGAAAAACUAAGUAUUACAGUGAAAAACUAGAAAAAACAAAGAAUAAUUUGAAAGUAUCUUGGAAAAUUAUAAAAGAGUAAUAAAUAAAAAAACAACAACACUAAAACAGAGUUACCUAAUGCAUUUAAGGAGGAUGAUAUAGAGGUUACAUAUCAUAGGAAAUAGUUGAACGGUUUAAUAAAUGUUUUGUUAAUAUAGGACCUAGACAAGCAGAGAAAAUACCAGAAAAUAUCAUGAACUUUGCAUCAUACUGACUUAGGAAACAUUAAUGUUGACUCCAUUUUCUUAGAUCCAGUUACUGAAAGAGAAAUAGAAAGAGAGCUGGAACAACUGAAAAUCGACAAAUCAUGUGGGUAUCAGUGAUGAAAUGUCUCCAAGGGUUAUAAAAGCCAUAUCUAAACGUAUAAUCAAACCACUUUCUCACAUAUAUAACCAACCUUUUCUCACUGGUUUUAUACCUGAUGAACUUAAAUUCAGAGUUCUGGUAACCACUGUUUAUAACUCAAUUGAGAAAGAACUUUUCUAAAACUAUAGACCUAUAUAUCGGUACUUCCAUGUUUUUAACGAAUUUUGGAAAAAAUUAAGGUAUAAGCGAGUUCUAAAUUUUCUGAAUAAGCAUAAAAUCUUAACAGAUAGUCAAUACGGAUUCAGGUAAAAACGUUUAACAAAUCUUGCAAUUCUUGAGCUUGUUUCAAAGACACCUAAGGCAGUGGACAACCGUGAACAUACAACGGAGGUUUUCCUAGACCUCUGCAAGGCAUUUGACACGGUAGAUCUUAAUAUACUGCUAUAUAAGCUGGAACAUUAUGGUUUUAGAGGAAAAGCCCUUUAGAAACUACCUAUCAGGAAGAAAACAAAUUGUUAAAUUCAAAUUAACCAGCUCAGAUUACUUAACAAUUAAGUGUGUGCCACAAGGCUUCGUUCUUGGACCACUCUUGUUUUUAAUAUAUAUCAGUGAUAUAUGAAAAAGCUCUGAGAUAUUAUCCUUUGUUUUAUUUGCUGAUGAUACAAAUCUGUUUUUAAGUCACCAAGAUUUAGACUAAGAUCUAUUUAUAAACCACAAAAGAAAAUAGUAAGACUUAUGACCUUUUCAGGUUUUCGAGAAACGUCUAAGCCUUUGUUUAAGUUAUUAAAAGUAAUGAAUAUAUAUGAAAUAAAUCUAUACCUAAAUGAAAACUUCAUGUACUUACAUUAUUAUGGCAAACGUCCUGAAACUUUUGGUGACUACUUCGUAAUAAAUGAUAUUACACGCUCCCAUAAUACAAAGUCAGCCUCAAAAAUACACAUUGAUUUUAAAAGAACAAUUUAUGGAAAAUUUUCUCUUCAGUAUAGAGGAGCAAUAACAUGGAAUAGUUUACCAAGUGAUUUAAAAGAAUUAAAAUCAAGUAACGCAUUCAAGAAAGCAUUACAUACAUAUGUACAAUCAGCUAAUAACACUCUUUGAUACCUUGAUUAAUAUGUAAACUAAUACUCCUUAUGCCACCUUAUUUAUCAACUAUGUAAAGAAAUCAUUGGGGAACCUUAAAAAGGCUCAUCAGAGAUUGCUGUGUUCCCCUUUGCCUUAACUAUACACAUAUUUUUGUAAUAGCAAGGUUAUGUACAAUGUAUGAAGGUUGGCAAUAAACCAAUAAAGUUAAAAAGAAAGGCUGAAAAACUCAACGACUCUUCAUUAAAUCUCGUGAAGUAGGACGGCUUGUCUGUCCGAAAUAUCGGGAAACCGAAAGUCGCUUCUCUCUUUGCUGUAUUAACAGUGGUAUCGUACUUCCAUCGUUUUAGCGUUUUCUUGUGGACAGGUGAAAACGAUUCCAAUACACUACAUGUAGACACGUAUUAUUUUGAAUACAGUGGACUCCCGAUAACUCGAACCCUCGCUAACUCGAACCUCGAGCUAACUCGAACCAAAAUCGAUUUCCCCUGGAUUUCCGUCAUACAUUCACUGUUAUUUUACCCUCGAUAGUCGAACCCUCGAUAACUCGAACUCCCGCUAACUCGAACCAAUUUUCGUUUCCCCUCAGGUCAUUUUCUAUCUAAUUUUACCCUCGAUAACUCGAACCAUGUUUUGAGCCCUUAAAAAGUCGGGAAAAAAGCCGUCUCCUGGCAUCCAAAACAUUGAAUUUUGGAUUUCCUGUUGACGUGUUGUAGGAGUAUAGUUUACUAGUGGAGGCUGAUGUUAAUUGUCACAGGCGAACGUGAAACAGCUUUACUUCUCAAAACAGUAACACGCAUGCUCUAUCUAGGCUAUGUUUUGUUACGUUACGUUCUCGGAUUUAUGAUCUAGAAGUAUCUUUUAAUUUUCACUUGACAUUUCUAUAAUUAAAUGUGAUAAAAAUGUUAACUGUGCAGUAAAAACUGUUUUUUACCUUACUCUCGGCUAUUUUGUUCGAGAUCCCGAUAACUCGAACUCCUGAUAACUCGAACCUUUUUCGAUUUCCCUUGAAGGUUCGAGUUAUCGAGUUGGGUGCCUUGUUUGCAUUGGAUAUAAUGAGUGUUUUGUUGUCAACAAUAUCGUGAUUAGUUAUUACAUUCUCAUAACCAACACUGGAUGUAAACUGGCUCUUAUUAACUGCUUUUAGGAUCUUUAUUGGUUGAUCUUCUAAGAAUGAAACCAGAGUUGAUAGAGCAGUUGGCAGGGUUCCUAGACAGAGAAACUUGGGUGAGGCCAAAUUGGAUGCACUUAUCCAGAGAGCUGAACGUUGAUAUAGGAGUCAUAGAGGAAUUGAGUCCAUACACCGAGUCCAGUCCAACCAUCAAGCUUUUUAAAUACCUCAAAAAGUAUAAUCGUCCCGAUACCAUUCAACAACUCAAACAAGCACUUUUGGACAUGAGAAGGGAUGAUCUAUGUUCCCUACUAGAGAAUAAAGGUAAUUAAAGAUAGAUUUGAAAGUAGACGGAAUCCUUUUUUGGAUGAUCAAAAGCAUAUGCCAACUCAAACUGAACAAUGGAAACUAAGACGACGAUAAUCAUUAAAAGCAUCAGAAAUUUAAGAAAUAAACAUUUAUUAGACAGAGUUUUCAUUGUCAACCCCAUACGUGUCCGUUGUGUUUUAAUUAAGAACCUUAGCGUUUGAAUGGUUCUUUUUCAUUUAAGGACCAGAGUGUAAAGAGGGUAUGUGACUAUAGAGUAAUAAUAAUGAUAGUGAUAAUAAUAAUAGUAGUAAUAAUAACGAAUCUGCUGUGAAUUUGCGCCCUUUCAGGUAACGUCCACACGAAUCCGGAUAUUUUUGAAACCCCCUACUUUCAUUUUCUUUACACGAAACCAGUGAAUCCGGACAUCAAAAAAGCAUUGUUUUUAAACCGUUCUCCAUUAAACUUGAGCGGUUUAAGAGCGAGCCCGUCCUCACGAAUUCGGAUACAACUGAAUACCGUAAAUGACCUAAUAAAUGGCCACUUCCAAAUAAACGCCUUUUAUCUAAUAAACGCCCCUUUUUUCACGCCCCUCUCUAAUAAACGCCCCGUGUCUAACAGACUCACCCUACCAGAAUCACCCCAGAAUAAUUGGAAUUAGCAAAAAGGAGCAAAAUUAUUCAAGUCAUUCACUUUUUUGCUUUAUUAACAAGGCUUUGCGUAUUUCACCUUGUUUAAUGUCAAGUUCACAUUAAGGAUAGACUAACGAUGGCAACACAAUAACCCUGAGCGAGGAUUCUGACAUCGAUUUUGGAAUUUGAAAGAGCGAUAUGGAUCCUCUAGACGUAUUAAUUGAUGGCGUGAAUAUUCCGUUAUUUUUAAACUUUCUUAAUAUUUUCACAAGUAUAUAUCAGUUACUAAAUUUGCAAAGAGAAUAAAGCAAACGGCAAAGCAGCAGGCCCAAGAUUUAGAAAUGAAGCAUUGAGAAGAAAAAGGACUACACGGAAGAUACCCCAAAAGAAUAAGAGAAGCGGAUGUUGAUGAUCGCAAAACCAAACCUGUGGCUCAGAAGUACUGAACUUAAAGCUGAAACAGAGGGUCUAAUAAUUGCAGACCAGGACCAGCUACUAAGUCUUACUUUGCAAGAUUUGUGAAGGAUUACACCAGUCCACUCACUUUGCAGGAUAUGUAAAAGCAAGAAGAAACGGUUGAUCAUAUUUUAUCUGGAUGUUCCGAACUUGCAAACACAGGGUAUAUAUAAUAAAGCAGCUGAAGGCGUCGAAAGGGGUAGAGGAUUCGGAGGAAGGGAAAAAGAAGUGGGAUUGCGGAGAGAGUGUAAGGGACUUUUCCCUUUCGCUCUCGAUCUUUUCUCCCCGUCGCCUCCCCUUUUUGCGCCACGCAGGCUAGGAGCUAUUAACUUUAAUGAGCUGCCAAAGACCAUCUUCUUGGGAACGGCGCGCAUACUAAGGCCACGUCCACAUGAAUCCGGAUACGCUGAAAUCGCAUCCUUGAUAUUUGCGUCAACACGAAUUCGGUGUGGUGUAUCCUAGUAUACCCGUUUUGGAUUCAUACGCUACGGCGAUUUGCAUUAGCUAAUUACUAGCUAGUAGGCAUGCGCAAACCGAGCCCGCGAUGUGACUUCGCGGUACUUUUUGAUGCUUUAGUAUCUAAAAAUAUAUACGGGGCACAAUGGCUAGGCCUGCCUGUACGUUGUCCCACCAGGCAAAAUCGUCUUUAACGAGGUUCAGAACGAUCUAAGACGUUUUAUACGCCUUCCUCUCCGGCAACUAAAAUAUUGCACAAUCUGGAUGAGACUAAGUCUUCUUUUAAAAUGGCUGAUUGCUGUCGUCAAGAUAGAAAAAUUGAUUUCAACGCAUGCAAUAAGCCUGGCGAUAAGAGCCAGCAAAGUUGCAAACAGACAUUGUCGUACACCAUUUUGAACUUGAACGUUUCAUUUAAGACUGGGCCCGAGUUUUUGACGUAGUGGACUUCAAAAAUAUCCGGUUUCAGUCGUCCACACGAAUUCACCAAACCCGUCGGUUUAAGAAAAUCCUCUUUGAAGAACGGUUUCACAAAUGUACGGUUUCGGUGUGCGGAUUCACUGGUUUCAUGUGGACGAAAGGCCGAGUCGUAUUUAAAAAGUAUGCGGUUUCAAAAGUAUACGGGGCCUAAGGCACGCACAGCAGUCUUUCAAAUCCGGGGCCGCCGGAGAAGAGUGGUUACGAAUGGGUCUCUGUGCCCGUUAAAAUGGAUCUAGCGGUAAUUGUUAGAAUGCUACGAUCUACAGAGUUGCUUUGGCAAAGAAUGAAAUGAUAUCACCAAAAAACUGAUUCAGGGUGUUUUCCACUUUUUGAGAAACAGACCGAACUUCGGGUUUCUCGUUUCUUUCCAAUUACGCAGGUUGCAAAUAACACGACAGGUUGCACCCAACGGCGGUUUUCUCCUAUCUACAUUAAAGAUACCUUUUAGGCUGUCCAGAGUACUUCUGUGAAAAUUAGACUUCAUAAAUAAAUUAAAAAAUAUAUUUAUUUUAGCUGCCCUCAAGCUACAGAAAACUUUGGGUAAUAUUUGCUUUUCCGAACAGGUAUUUUACAGAAAACAGUCGCUGGGUGCACGUGACACGACUCCUUGCUUGUUUGUCAGAUUAGAUCGAUUUAAGUUCCUCUGUGUGGUUAUGAGCCAUUUAGCUACUCUAAACGUCUCAGGGGCUAUUAUGUCCAUAUCAAGAGAGGUCCAUAUUGAACCAAAACUUGUACAAGAACUGACAAAAUAUUUGCCUAGACCCGUACUUUGAGCAACUGAACUAAACAACUAAUUAUGGUGUUUUCAAAGAUCUAUUGACGCCAUUAGUUCUCGGAUCAGAACAGACUAAUUAAAUCUGAUAUUUUUUACUCGAGUUCCGUUACUUUUAUUCUUUUCGCUCCGUACGCCAGUUCAUCAUCAUAUCGAGAAAAAGUGGCUUUGCUCACAGGCAAGAGUUAAGUGUCUUCGUUAAGGUCCGUUAACUCAGACGUUUUGUUUUUUGAUUUUGAGCAACAUUUGCUGCAGUUACGUUUUAGGCUCAAUGUUAUGGCAAUUAUUAUAUCUCCUAUCUUAUUCUCGAUUAUGGCUAGAAACAAAAACCAGAAACCUCACCUAGUAUCAGAAAACUUAACUAAUGAAACUAAAAACACUUUGAAAGAUCUCUUUUCUUCAGUUGCACAAAAGAUGUGGGUCCAAGGUUCUCCUAGCCCCUUCCCCUGCCCAGUCCCUGCAUUGUAUGUAAUACAUGAUAAUUCAAGAUUAUUGUUAUGCUUCUGCUUAUUUUAUCUUCUAUUUUCAUAAUUAUCAAUUCAUUACUUUAGAUGAUUUUGUUAUCCUCUCGGGUUUUUUAAGGUUUCUUCGACUAUGAAUUGGUUAGCAAAGAAAUCGUAUCGCGGAAAGUAGAUGCUUCUUCAACAAGGUUUGGUGUUUUAGACGAAUUAGCCCACGCAUUGGAUGGAGAUUCACUGGUGUUGGGGAACUGGAUUAACCUGGCUCUAAAGCUAGGAAUACCUGUAAAAUUUCCUGACUCCGUUCGAGAACGCUCUUCGUCAAUAAGGAAAUCAAGCAUUAAUCUCUUUGAGUAUUUGUCAAUUACUUAUCCAAAGAUGGCCAUAAAAUCAGUGAAGGAAGCGCUGGAAGUAAUGAAACGCGAUGACGUGCUAGAAAUUAUACAGGACCAAUACCUGCAAGGUGAGCUCGAUAGUUUAAAGACCUGCAAGAUAUUUUAACUUAUCACAAGAGAGCAUGUCUUGAGCUUUAUCUCCUCUUGCUAAUCAACAUUAAUCCUUGAAUAAGUGUCCUGGGCGCUUAUUUCUUAUUUAGGGUAACAAAGAAAGUGCUUACUUGAGGGUGUGCUUACUCGAAAAUGGGCGCACCUUUCAUGUCUUCCCACAUAUUGGCUAUUGUUGAUAGUCUAUUUUCCCAUAUGUUCAUUCCUCUAAUCAAUAGACCGACUCGGAUCACUGCUCAUUCGGCCACACUUAUUGAUAAUAUAUUCACGAAUAAUGUAAGGUGUAAACAUUUCAAUGGUAUUGUUAUUAAUGAUAUUUCUGACCAUCUACCGGUUUUUGUUUAUGAAGUGGAUGAGACAGAAAUAGCGUCGAAAAAUAGCCAAACUAAAUAUCUCACUAAAAGAGAUUUUUCAGAAAGAAAUAAGAGCAAUUUUCGGCUCUCUCUUUCUCGUGUUAAUUGGAAUUUACGUUUCGAUGAAAGCGAUACUAAUGAAUGUUAUAAUAGUUUUGUGAGUGAGUAUGUUCGAUUAUACAAUGAAAGCUUUCCAUUAAAAACGAUAAAACUUAAAACAAAGAAAGUAAUGCGCUCCCCUUGGAUAACGCAAUCUCUGCUUGUUUCUAUCAGGAAAAAAGAUAAACUCUAUAAGCAGUUCAUUAACUCUAGGGACUCAACUACUGAGUUAAAAUACAAACGCUAUCGGAACAAACUGAAUCAUCUUAUAAAAAUUGCUAAACGAAAGUACUAUGAUACAAAAUUUGAGAAGGCUAAAAAUAACCUGAAAGAAACUUGGAAACUAAUCAAUGAUGUAAUCAACAAACCGAGCAGAAAAGCAGCUCUGCCAAAUUCCUUUUUCUCUGAUGGAAAACUGUUAAAUGAUCCACAAGAAAUAGCUAACUGCUUUUGUAAGUUCUUCACCAACAUAGGUCCGAAUUUAGCAAGGAAAAUUCCAGACACACAAGUAUCUUUUCGUAGUUUUCUUGGCGCUUCUGUUAAUGAGUCGCUUAUCUUAAAUCCAACUAAUAUUUCGGAACUAAAUCAAAUAUGCAACUCUUUUAAAUCUGGAAAGUCGCCUGGAUAUGAUAACGUUUCAAUGGAUAUAAUAAAAAGCACCUUUGAUCUCAUUUCUCAGCCUUUGGCCAAUGUAAUCAAUUUGUCUCUUAUUAAAGGAAUAUUUCCUGAUGAACUGAAAAUUGCUAAACUGAUUCCGGUAUUUAAAGCUGGUGAUUCCCAGUAUUUCACUAACUACCGUCCAAUUUCGCUUCUUUCUAAUUUUUCUAAAUUCUUUGAAAGAGUUAUGCACAAUCGUAUUACAAAUUUUUUAGAUCGUUUAGAUAUCUUAUACUGUUGCCAAUUUGGAUUUCGUAAAAAAUAUUCUACAGCGCUGUCUUUAAUUCAUCUUAUUAAUAAAAUUGCAACUGCUAUUGACAGAAGCGAAUAUACAGUUGGCAUAUUCUUAGACUUAUCAAAAGCAUUUGAUACUUUAGACCAUCAAAUACUCUUGUCUAAGCUUGAGCAUUAUGGGAUUCAUGGGCUAGCACUUAGCUGGUUGAAAAGCUAUUUGUCAAAUCGCGUGCAGUUUGUCCAGUACAAAGAGACUUGUUCUAUUAGGCUGACUCUGAGCUGUGGAGUCCCUCAAGGUUCUAUAUUAGGACCAUUAUUGUUUGUUUUGUAUAUCAAUGACCUCCCUUGUGCUACUCGUCUUGCUGAAACUAUGCUUUUUGCAGAUGAUACUAGUGUGUUUUAUUCUAAUCCCGAUUUAAAUUGUGCUAUUUCUGCCGUAAAUAAUGAUUUAUCUCAAAUUGAUCUUUUUAUGAAAGCAAAUAAGCUCUCUGUUAACAUAACGAAAACUAAUUAUAUCAUUUUUUGCAGCAAGGCAAAAACCAGUCAACUUCCCAAUAAAUCCUGUCUUGUACGAUGAGGUUUUAUUAAAACAAGUAAAGGUAGUUAAAUUUUUAGGGGUUUUUUUUAUCGACGAGCAUCUAACGUGGAAGCCGCAUAUUACUUAUAUAUGUAAGAAAAUUUCAAAAUCUAUUGGCGUCAUGUUUAGGUCUCGUUUCUUUCUUUCUGAAACAACAAAAAAAAUCUCUUUAUUAUACCUUAAUUUAUCCUUAUUUAACAUAUUGUACCACAGUUUGGUCCUCCACUUAUGUAACAAACCUUAAUAGAAUUUUUCUUCUACAAAAGCGAGCAGUACGAAUUAUUACAAAUGCAGAUUUUCGCGCGCACUCUGAACCAUUAUUUUUCCGUUUAAAGAUUUUGGACAUAUACAACAUUAAUUCAUUCUAUACUGCACAAUUUAUGUUUUCAUAUUAUCAUCAAUUACUGCCACCGCUUUUUUUCGAACCUUUUUGUUACUAGUAGCAAUAUUCAUAAUUAUAAUACUAGAAGUUCCUCGCAUUUCCGUUCUCAUGCCUGCCGAACUAACACCAAACAAUUUUCUAUUUUGUUCCAAGGCCCUAAAAUUUGGAAUUCUUUACCAAACUCAGUCACUUCGAUUUUUACAUUGCAAUCGUUUAAAACGAAAGUUUUUGAUUUUCUACUAUAUCGAUAAUGCGUCUUGUACUGUCCGUUGUUGUGUGUUGUUAUAGUUCUAUUGCUUAAUAUUAUUGUAACGAGGGGGCCUCCUCGUACAAGCCUUGUGGUUUUCUGAGGUCCCCUCGCCACAUCUUUGUAUAAUGUAAUGCUUGUGUAAUCUUUAUUGUGGGAAAAUAAUAAAUAAAUAAAUAAAUAAAUAAAUAAAAGUAUGUUGCCCUGUCUCUAUGCCUCAUUAUUCGGCACGGUCAAAGCGUUUCGGGUCAUGUGGUCCGGCGAAGAUGCAUGUGAGGCCUAGACAAAAAUCCUCAAAAGUGAGACACAAGUGAGACAUCUCAUACGGUGGUUUACAAGACCAGUGUUUCGCAUUUCAAGGUAACCUGAGAUCAGGCCCAAAUUUAGCAGUUCUCAUACAUUCUCUCUUAUGUACGUAGUCACGCUAAAAUUGGGCUUGAUACAAGGUCUCCCAAGCUUGAGCUCACUGCUGCCAGAUUUUGGCCACAACGCUGAUUGACUGUUAGAACAAUACCACAGGAUCUGAUUGGCUGUUGGAAUCAACGGAAGUUGAAAGCGCUUAUUCCUUGCGUGACUGCAGCACUCAAAAAUCUUCGCGAAUGAUUCGCCGUCAGCGGAGAGAUGGAUUUUGCUGUCUUUUUUAUUGUUUUACGGUCUUGUGGUAGGAAAAUAUACCUUGAUAUGUGCCUUGGAAAUUCAGAAAAUUCAAAUGGUUGUCCAUAUCUUCUCAGGAUUUGCUUAAUUUAAUUUACGAAACUAAUGUGAGUGUAUAGCGGAGUCGAAUCCAUGUGCAGGUUGUUGACCGCUAACAAGGUGCCUUUUGAUUUACCAACAAAAGCUAGCAAGUCAAAUACUGUCCAUGUUAAAACUGGUUUCAUUUGAAAGUUUAGCCGGGAACGAUUUCUCUGAACGCGGUACGCAAGCUGAGGCUCACUGCUUAAGAAACCUCAAUCGCCCGAUGUAACUUUAAAUCCAAUCGCUGUUCAAGAAAUUUUUGCAUUGGAAGCAUUAUUAUAAGAGCUAGGUAACAGACUUGUUUGCCUUCGCUUUUUGUAAAACAUUAACCAGAAAAACUGUUGUCCUCGCUUGUUGGCUGUUUGCUGUCUUUUCAUUUAGAUUAUUAAAUUUAGCGAGCUUUUCAGAACUUCAAUAAAACAACAACACAACAGAACCACAAAGUGUAUUUUCAAUGUUGUUUUUCAUUUUGUUUAUAGGUCAGUUGCGUAUGCAGUCUCAGUAUUGUCGUUUCGUCUAUCAAAAGUGGCAGAUAAUAUUUCCCUGGAUUUAUAAAAAAUAUAUUUUCUUAGACGGUUGUUUCUUGUUUCACGGACUAAAUUAAUCGUUCUUACUUUGAAAAUUCUCGCGGCCGUUUAAAUGGGUUAAAGAGAUACAAACUCCGAUAGUUCAGUUGGAAUGAUGAGAUUGAAGGAGCAGAAAUUUCUUUACAGGACUAUGAAUAACAUUCUGAUGACUUUUCAAAGUGUGUCGAUCUCGCAAAUAUCCACAAAGGUUUUUUAAAAAACCAUAAUUUCCUGCUGUUUACAAAAUCUUUAAUUUCAAAAGCAACGUACACAUGCGCAUUCCGUGUUUGCCAAGACCUUUCCCGCCCGUUCGCCUCGGAUACGUCACCGAGGAGAAUAGAAAAACGCCAUACAGGGACUAGGUAAGCUAGAAUUAAACGCUCAGUAUUGUCGGAGUGACAGACCUAAAUGGUAAAUGUAAAUGUAGAAUGUUCACUAGCGUGCAAAAAAAAAAUCGUUAUAUGCUGCGCUGUUUGACGUAAAGGUUAUUUGGCGUCACCAGUUUCCGGUAAUCCCUAAUUGAACAUUGUUUUUCUAAUGUUUGCCGAAAGCGUUCAUAAAAUGAAUGAUUAUCAGAUUAUUGUGUAAAUCCGUUAGUUCGGUUAGUUAAAUACCAAGAAAGAGCUGUGGUCGGAUUAUUCGAGAGCAAGGUUGGCAAGCUUUUCUAGAUCUGUAAGUGGCUGUGAUGGUACAUAUUGUGUAAGUUGGAGUCUAAUAAUCCCUUUUACUUUUACCACCGUACAUUAAAAGAACCAAUCAAUCAUUAAAUAAAAGUACAUUGGGUAAAGGAAAGCAAUUGCUGGUUUUCACUGUCACGCCAUCAAAAAUAAAAAUCAAAACCGUUCAACAGAUAAAGUCCAGGAUCUGGGAAGAGAAAGAAGGUUAAUGUACAAAGACCCUCGCCAAGAUCCAGGUCGGUGAAAUGUUUCAUAUGCGAGAUAUUCGAAGAAAUAUUUUCCCUAAAUUUAUGGAGCUUUGUAUGGAGAUGCCAUGUUGCUGCCACUUAACAAGCCGGAACUGAGGAAACGAACAGAAAUACAAAAAUUAAGCAAGUAAGGUGGUUAGUUUUAUCAGAAAGCCUUGUCAUCGAGGAAACCCGAAAGAGCUCUGGCAGGUGAUUAAUCGCAUUCUUCAUCCUAAUCCUCAGCCCCUGAAAGUGGAGUCUAAUCUGCUGACCAACCAUUUCACUUCCAACUCACAACGCUUGCUAGGAUCAACACCAAACUCUCCACACGCUUUACAAGAACGUAUCAACUCACUAUCUGAUAGUUCCACAAUCUCACUCGACCUUCGUCCUGUCACUUAUUGUGAAGUGCAGAAACAGCUUAAAAACAUGAGAUCUGAUUGUUCACCGGAGCUGACCAAAUACCUGCUAAGUCUAAAGGUGGCUGCCGAUCACGUUGUCUCUCCGCUGACACAAAUUAUUAAUAGUUUUAUUUCAAAUGAUAUCUUCCCCGCCGCUUGGAGAAUGGCAAGAGUGUCUCCAAUACCUAAAGUCGAUUCCCCAAUCAAUGCUGACCAAUACAGACCAUAGCUAUUCUUCCUGUACUUUCUAAGGUCUAUGAGCGACUUGUGCUCAAUCAAAUAGUGGAGUUUCUGUCGGACAAAAUCACACAUUUAAUGAAAGUAUCACAGGAUAUCGCAAAGGACAUUCUUCUACUACAGUUCUGCUGCGAAUAAGGGAUGACACACUAAGAGCAAUGAAAAAAAGUGAAGUCACUCUCAUUGCUUUUGCCGACUUCUGCAAAGCGUUUGACACCGUUGACUAUUCAGUGGUUCUGAGCAAACUACAUGCAAAAGGGUUUACCGGUAACUCAUUAAAUUGGGUACUCAGCCAUUUAACGUCUCGGAAGCAAUUUGUUCAAGUCAACGACAAACAGUCUAAUUCAGUGGACGUGCCAUUUGGCGUUCCCCAAGGCUCUAUUUUGAGACAUCUUCUCUUUAACCUGUAUGUCAACAACCUACAAAGGGACUUAAACUGCUCACGUUUCCAGUAUACUGAUGACCACAGCAGUCCUAGGAAUCUUAGCGCUUGCGAACAGUAACAUAAAUUUUCCAGGAGAGUGGGCUAAAGACUCCAAUCUUCUUUUAAAUGAAAAGAAAA